AUGGAGUGUCCACAUCUUGCUCAAAGCGUCCAAUUCGGCGGUAAUGACGUAGAAGCUAACUGUACAAAGGAUCUACCAUUCGUCUGCGCAGUGUGUGGCACCGAGAAAAGUACGUGGCUCUGUCUGUACUGCGGAGCCGUUCACUGCGGACGAUACGUGGCAGGCCAUGCGUUAAAGCAUCACGAAGAAAAUACUCAACACUGCGUUUGCAUCGACUGUGAGAACCUUGCAGUAUUCUGUUAUACGUGCGACGAGUAUGUCGUCAACGACACGACGACCGGUCAAAUCGAGAAGAUACGUCGUGUCACGUUCCGCAAGGACGAGCACAAAGAGAACGAGGAGAACUGGAACACGUCGUCGUCGACGACACCGUCCUCGAUGAGGGAGAACAGCGACAAUGACAACGACGCGGACGCCUUGUGGAAGGCGGAAGUUGUGGUAAGAAACCUUCGGCCGAGGACGGCACGGAAGAGGCUGCACUCGUUGGACGGUACUAGCGGGGACAAUCGGCCAGCGACAAAGCGUAGGAGCUCGAAGAUAACCAAAGAGAAGAAGGUCGUCGGCCUAAGGAACCUCGGCAACACCUGUUUCAUGAACGUCGUGUUGCAAUCGUUCAACAACAUCAGCCACUUUUGCGAGUAUCUCACGCAGAUGCCCAGUCUCGAGGGUAUACCUUUCGACGAACCACCCACGCACAGGGGGCGAAUCGUCACCCCUGGUAGGGCAAAAGAGUUCAUGAGCGACGCCUUGUUGGCUGAGGAGCUCAGAAAGGUUCUGUUAGGACUGAAUCUUGGUGGCUCGAACGGUCAAGCAAUUUCUCCCGAAUGUCUGUUCCUCGUCAUCUGGAAAGUUGUACCAAGAUUUCGGGGCUAUCAGCAACAAGACGCUCACGAGUUUCUCACCUACAUGCUCGACAGGCUGCACACGGAGUUGUUACAGUUGCUACCCAGACUGGGACACGAACCCCUCGGUCUGCGUGGCAAACAGAGCAUCGUCACAGCCGUGUUCGGAGGCACUCUUCUUAGCGUGGUCCACUGCAUGAACUGCCGUACAGAUUCCAAGACGCACGAGCCUUUCCAGGAUCUAUCGUUGGAUAUACCGGACAGAUUGCAGAGACGAACGAAGGAACAAGAAGAAGUAUGCAGUCUCACCUACAGUCUGACCAGAUUUUUCAAAGUCGAAGAGCUGGCCGACAGUGAACUGUACUUCUGCGAUAAUUGUAUGGGAAAGCAAAGGUCCACUAAGAGGUUCUGGAUACACAGGCUGCCUAAUGUGUUGUGCCUUCACAUUAAAAGAUUUAGGUGGUGCAAUUCCUAUCGCUCGAAAGUGGACACGCAGGUAGAUUUCCCCAUGAAAUCACUUGACAUGUCUGCAUUUACGGUACGCGGCAUGACUGGGACGAAGAUGGGCGCUUCGAAUAGCCACCUAUAUGACUUAGCUGCUGUUAUUGUGCACCACGGUUCAGGUGCUGGAACUGGACAUUACACUGCCUUCGCUGUUCACGACGGACAAUGGUUUCACUUUAAUGAUAGUUCUGUACGACCAGCAACCACAGACGCGGUCGCCAAGUGUAAACCGUACAUUCUAUUUUACGUGCGGAAAGAAUUCUCCAUUCCACCCCCUUUGUGACGUUAUUUCCCCAAUCAGUCCCGUCCUGACGGUGCGAGCAUUGACGACGACGACGAUGAUGAACGGAUGUGCAAGAAGUAAGCGAACCUGAGUGGGAUGCAACAACCAUGGUAAAUGGCCGAACGAACGAAUAAGAAGACCUCGAUAACCGUUUCAGAGAGUUUCUAAAAGAGAAAGGAAGAAAUUGUCCCUUCCUUGUUUUCAAUCUCAUCCAAUAUCCAUUUAGCAUGUGUAUCCUUUUAUUAAUUAUCUUUUGUUGUCCUGAUCGUAUUGUCUAUACGUUGAAAGUAUUACUCUGCAUCGUAUAGUAAUUUUUCCAGAUGUAAAGAAAUAAUUUAGCACGAUGUACGAGCCAGCCCCUCUGUCGUUCCAAGCGAAACAAAUUUGAAGAGCUCGCAAAUGAGCGAUCAUCGCUCAUCGUUUUGUUCAUUUUAAUCCCCUUUUCUCUUACGACAAACUUUUAAGGUUAGCUCCGUAACUUACCUUCUUUUUCCUAGUUAUUUAUUGUAGUCUCGAUAAACUAAGUGUUUGGAUAUAAUCUUUUAUAGAUUAUUAUACACUACUGCUCGAUAGUCUUAGGAUACUUGGUAAGUGCUCUAUAAACCUCCAUUGUGAAAGUUAAAAAGAAUAUUUCCGCCAUUAUGGACUACAUUAGGAGGUUGUGACAUUUUGAUAUUUUUGCUAAUAUUCCUUUAAUUUUUAGCCAAUAUAAUUUACCACGGUCAUAAAGAAAAUUGGUAUUUUUAUCAUUAACCUACGAAUAAAAUAACACAAUUUAUUUAAAUAUCAUGAUUUACGUUAAGACUUUAGGUGUCCUAAGACUUCAGGGCAGUGGCACACCUCGUACAUACUCGCUGCCCUUUACGAGUUGGCGCGAGUAUGGCUACGUGCAACUUAGGCUUUCCUUAGUUAAAAGGAAGCGUCGAGGAAGAAGUGUCCCACUACCCGCCUUGUUUGUCCACGUUCUUUAUAUGCAAAAAUAGGAAGUUCUAGGUUAAGCUCUUCUUAGCCUCUCCCUAUGUUCUGCCAACACCAAUGGCGAACGUUGGGAUUCUCGUCACACCUAUCCUUGACCAAGAGAAGUCUAUGUUGCAGCCGAGUGUACAUGUAGGGUCAUGGCGUAUACCGAGAAAGCUUCCUUUCCUUUUUUAGAAACAGUCCGAAAGAAAGAAAGAACGUUCUCGAGGCAGAUCGCGGAAACGCAUCGCCUUUAACGUUGAUUUUCUUUAUACUCCUUUUCGCUGAUUUCUCUCGCGGUCGGUCGUCGGACUUAACGUCCCUUCGUCGAAUCGAUUAAAAAGAGCUCCUCCAGGCCGUGUAGCAAAAUGGCGCGCGCGUAAAGCGCGUGUCACGUAUAUACAUAUAGUUUUUAAAACGCGAAAACGACUGGUCUUCUCGGUAUAGACAGAUUUCUUUCUAGCCUUAGCACGGCAUCAUCGUUAUUUCGUGGCCACUGGCGAAACGAAAAUGCCGUAUAGAGCGAAACAACCCAAGCAACUCUGUUACUUCGGAGAACACGUGGUACCCAAUUUUUAUUCUCGACACGCACACAAGUACACCGGAGUCGUUUACACAUGUGUGUCUACAAAAUUACACGUAUGCAUUCAUAUAAAAACACGUUCUCUAACCCUUGCCCUUAUUGCUGCUCUCGCGCCAUAUCCUCCUGCCCCUACGAUUCUCGAAGGCUCGACGACUCUUAUGUGAUUAUUUAAAGACUUAUUUUUUCUAUAAUGGUAAGGAUAAUAACGAUAAUAAGUUAAAAGAAGCGUAGCAAAGAAACGUUUUAUUAAGGCGAUAAACUCGAGAAUAUGUGCGAGAAAAGAAAGCAAAAGAAAAAAAAAAAGAAGAUGGAAGCAAGCGUGUGUAACACUACUACUUGAGGAUAAAUGAGAUAUGUACGAACGACGUAUAAAUAAAGAACAUGAACGACGA